AAAUUGUGGUACCAUGACAUUGAAGCAGAGGCAAGUACCAGGCUAGUAGUUUCAUGAAGAAACACAAAGCCAAAAAGGUAAAUCCUGCACUACCUCUCAUGCAUGGCUGUUUUCAUUAGGCCUCAGAGCUUGUCUUCUGAGUGUAAUGGUGAAAUGUCUGUGUUAGUGCUGCCCUAGCACAGACUUCCAGAACUCCUCUUACAAAAAGCAGGGGACUUUCAAAAUGAACAGGAGAUCUAUCUCCAUUUUUCUGUAUGUGGUUCUUUCACACUAAAUUAUCAUUGAAAAUUAUUUGCUCUUUAAAUUACUUGCUUUCCAGUGUAGAGUAAAGAGUUGAAAGUGAAAGACAGUGGUUCCCUCAUUCUCCUAGUACUUUGCUGCAGUUCUAGGAGACAACCAGGCUGCCUCCUAGCAUCUCUGUGAGAACAGAGAUGGAGAGGAAAGAGGGAGCAAAAGCUUCUAAAGUAGGCUAGGAAUAAUGUUGGAGGAAUGUGAAUGCAAAAGCUCCUGGACAGGAAUUUAUACAGUGCCACAUUGGUGAGGCACUUAAACACUGCAGACAUCAUCAGUUCUUUCACUUCUGCUCCCCAGCCUGCAGCAGGAAGGCAGUUUGUGGUAAUCUGACACAGCCUGUAAAUAUUUCUGGCAGCAUAUAAAGCUAGCAAGGCUAACAGUGCAGUACACGCAAAUAGGUUUGGUUAUUUAGUGGCAGUCUAUUGAGUUCUGGUGAGAAAAGAAGUAACCGGCUUUCCAUUGUGUUCUCUCCGCAUAAAGUUGCAUAGUGCGGUUCUGCUUUAUUUGCAUCACCUAGAAUCACGUCUCACUUAAAACUGCCACUAACCUGCUCCUUUUCCUCUGUUUUCUGCAGAUAGUCCUCAUGCCCAUGUACCUAAUUUUCUCGGCAAAUUCAAGGUGCUUAUUUCUGGUUAGCAAGAUACACAUUUUUCCCGUCUGCAGCUCAUGCCAUGAUAUGUUGCUGUCAUUUUACAUAAGUGACAGCAUAAGCGACCUUUUAAUUACAUAGCCAAGGACAAGUGUUGUUGAAGAAACAAACUCUAUACAGCUAAAGAAAGGAAAUAUUUUUGAUUUCUCUUUGGCAUUGCAGAUAUCUCCAUAGUGCCCUUAUUUAACUAUUUGGCUCUAGAAAAAUCUCUUGCUGUAGGAGAAAGGUGUAGGAGCGAUCAAAAUAUGAAUUUCCAUCUCAAGCACUUUCUCUCAAACUGCUGAUCUGUAGUCUCUCCAGCAAAUCUGGUUUAUGGUGCAUUAUCAGGUUCUUGAAUAUUGCUGCUUGUUUGACUUUUUUCUAAGCAAAUUCUGCUCCAUAACUGAAAACAGACAUCUCUGUUAGAGGGGACAUAUAAUAGGCAUUAUUUUUUUUCAGAUUUAUCAAGGUAGAUGCCAGAUCUUCUCUCUAAUGUCUAAAGUAGAAGGCUAAAAUUUUGGAUGAACGAUGGCAGAACCAAUUUCUCUAAAGAGAAGUGAGUACAUCUUUGAUAGUGCUCGACUGCCAGUCUCAUGACAUGCAAGAGAACCUGCAAUUUCAGGUCAAGUUGUCUUCUGCGUGUAUCCUGCCAAAAAUGAGUUCACAUCAUCAAGAGCAAUGUGGGAGACCUUUGAUAAAAGACAUGAAACUUGUCCUUUGGUGUGAACAGUGUGCACAUUAUACUGAUACUUGACCAAUUUCUGUUUAAAACAAGACCAAAAAAAACCCACCUAGUAUGAUGGAUUUCCCAUGGUAUUAGCAAAGUACUGGGUCAUCUUAUUUGACUAACUGGUAGGAUUUUAGAAAGGAAAGCUUUAAAUGAAGAGUGUUCUUGGCUGCCUUACAGAAUUGUUAAAACAGCACUUAAUUUCUUGUCUACUUGAUUUAUCUUUGUCUUUCAAAGUUGAUUCAAUAGAAUAAUUUUAGAGCCUUUAACCAGCAGUGAACUGGAGCAGGCUACAGGUCCUUUCUACUUGAAAGAAUUAACUGAUUUCUUGUGUUACUAUUGCUGUAUUGCUGCAGGACUGUUUCAAAUACCAUCAUUCUCCUGCUGUUGGAAACUACUGUGACAUCGAGACCCGGAGUGUUGCGAUGUCGUCGCUAUUUAGUUCAUUUGGAUUUUUUUGAAUAGAGAGAGGCAUCUAUUUUUUCCACUCCUUGUUGAAAGCCACUGCUCCGUUUAUAGGAUGAGUAUUUCUUUGUCUGAGAUCCAGUCACCAUUUAUUCUUUCCUUGAUAACACCUGAAGAUGGGACAAUUUUUCUUUCUGGUGUAAACAAGAAGGCUGGAGAGCCUGUGACAACGCAGCCAACCAGCAAGGUUGGCAUGUCUGCUAUCACAAGAGUUAUGUGGACUGGCGGAGACUGGAGCACUGGUCUCUUUGAUGUCUGCAGCGACAAGAAAAUUUGCGCCUGCGGAGCCCUGUGCAGCCCGUGCCUGGAAUGCAGCCUGGCCAGGCGCUUCGGGGAGUGCCCGUGCUUCCCGCUGCUACCGGGGUCCACCUUGGCGUUAAGAGUUGGUGCCAGAGAGAGAUACAAAAUACAAGGGACCGUUUAUGAAGACUGGAUAGCAGUUUAUUGCUGCUGGCCUUUUGCUGUCUGUCAAGUGGCCCGAGAACUGAAGAGAAGGGCUAUGACCCAGAUCUGUGAAGUAAAUGCUACCCCCUUAGUUGAAGAUGCCCUAGUUAAAAAAAUUCCCAGCAAGGGAGCCUGAGUCAUGAUUCUUUCUAUCCAUCCAUUCCUUCUCCCUCGCCACCCACAAUGCAAAAUGCCUUGCUUUUAAAAAUAAAAUGCGUGAGUACUUUAGAGCAGAAUUUCUACUGCUUCUUGUCGCAUUGUGCAUGUUACACCCUGAUAUAAUGCCCAGUGACUUGCUCUU